CUUCAUAGAACAUAGGUAGAUACGUGGUUCUUUACUCGAUUAAAAAAAAAUCGGAGCCCUUAAAAGUAAAAAAAAGAUUAACAGUUCUAAUUUUAAGUGAAAAAAAAAAUUGAUCCAAUUAAUUUGAACAAUAAAAUAACCAAAUUGAUUGGUUUGCUAAUUGCUCCUAAAAUAACUUCGUUAAUUCGUUCGUUAUUCAGUGUAUUGUGAAAAUAACUUGCAUGCGGCGAGCAUGUGUCACACACACAUGUUUAUUUUUUUAUUUAUAUUUCAUCUUUUCUGUUUUGGACUAUGUGGAUAUCCGCCGAUAGGAGACGAGGUGCAAGCAGGAAGCGUGCUUCUUCCGGCUUCCAGAAGAGGGAGGUAUCUAGCCAACAUUGUCAGAAGGCAGGCUGUCGACGGAACGGGUAUAAAGUUCAACAAAGACGCUGACCGGAUGAACGCCGAAGCCAAGAAGAAGGUAGAUGUGCUCUCAGAGGAACUGCUCCCGUACAUCAUAGCUGAACAAGAGAGACGCACCACGUUGUACAAGAGGGUGAUGACCGCCAUACAGAAUGGAGAGAAGGGAGUCACUAUCGCUGAGAUUAGGAAUAAACCACCCGCUAUAAUAAGGAAAGGCUUAAUGUACCGUUGUCCCACGAACCGGGCCCCCAAAGAGCCCGACGGAUCUGGGGUCAUCAUGUGCGAAGACGACAUAGACCCCCGGCCUAUCAUGUACGACUCCUGUCUAUCGGCGGAGGACAAGGAACUCUAUGUCGCUGAGAAUAGAUACUUCUUUUGUAAUCGACAUAAGAUCGAAGGUCCCGACCCGCCUCGCAACGGCACCGCAGUGAUCGGCUGCGCGCCUUGCGAGCGAACUUCACUCAACUACACCAGCAUGAAGUGCGCGCUAGAAGACACUGACGACGUGGUGGUGCAUUACCGGUAUUAUCCGGAUAGGACAUACAAGUUUGUGUCGGAGUUAGACCCGGACAGAGAGGUGUGUGAGCACUGGAAUCCUUGUCAGAUUGGAUAUAUCUUCAGCCUGCCGGGGCCUGACCAGGCUACCCUGGCCACCGAACUAUGGCAGGACGAUAGGAACGAGACCUGGCUCCCAGCUCAGGCGUAUGAGACGAGCGCUAGAAAAGUUGUCAUCCCCGACGGAUAUAACUAUGAGGGGGUCGGCAGAUGGGAAUCGACUGGCAAGAUGCCACAUAUUCUUGUUGUCAACGAAGUUGUUGGAAAUAAUAGUGUUAAAAUCAAGAUUAAGUUUAAUCCGCUAAAAAUGUCGGAUGCUAGAACGUACUACGCAAGGAUGGCCCAUAAAGAGAGACCACACAAGGAAAAGAAAUUCUACAUACCGUUGGUUACAAUCAAUUUCGGGCGUACCCACAUGAAUCCUCAGGUUCUGCACGUGUUGCCAGGACAGAAAUUGAAUACUACGUCUAUUUCGUUUACUUGUGAUAAGUGUACCGUGACGGGCGUAAUGGUGAGAGGGGAUGACGAUUCCGUCAGCAACUUGGAUGGUGCUCAGUAUAGAGUCCGCAAGUAUAAUGACGACAAAGGAGUAGAGCAAUCGAUUAUAGAAAUAGAUUUUGAUGAGGUGCAGCCGAAGUUCUUCGGAGACUAUUUUCUGAUGAUACAGAAUGAAGACGGCAGUGAGGAAAAAGUCCGAGCCCUGACUGUGAUUCGUAAGUUCUUAUUUUAUUUUCAAUGGGCAAAAAAACAGGGGCUUAUCCGGGAUCUAAGGGGGAGGCCUAUGUUCAGCAGUGGACGUCCUAUGGCUGAGAUGAUGAUGAUGAUGACACAUUGUUUCUAUCAACCAGAGAUCAAGGUAGACCGUAAAGUCUUGGCCGCGGCCAUUGGAGAGCAGCACGAUUUGAACGUGAAGUAUACCUGUGACGACUGUGAGCUCACUGAGAUACUCUGCCGAGGCGAGAGUGUUCUCAACCAAGGACGGUUCACCAUCAUACCCACUUCGAAAGAAGUGUCUGUUCGGUUCGUUGGCUUCGAGGAUAGUAUGUCCUGUGUAUAUAUGGGGAUCUUCAAAGCCGGUGAUACAGUUUAUGGGAAAUCUCUGGUCAUUCUUGAAAACAGCUCUAUAAAAGUACCGAAGGCCCCUCUAUUCGGGCUGCCGCAAAUGGGAGAACAGUUUGAGCACAAGGUCACUUACGAAUGCUCAGGAGACUGCAAAGUUGAUAAGAUUACUGUCAACGGCGUACCUCUGGUGCCGCCGCCGUCAACUACACGUAGGAGUGGGGCUGGAUCAACAGGAUUUUAUGCUGCUGAAGACAAUACUAUAGCAGUGAGGGUUACGGAAUUCAGCAUGCCCUUCGUUGGACUCUACCAGGCUACAUUCUCCCUUGAAGGGGAAAAUAUUACAAAGAACCUGUUGGAAAUCGGGUACCCAUAUCACGCUGAUGGAGGGGGUCUCUCGGCAGAUUCUGAUGCUGGAAAUGAAACUAAACCUUCUUCUUCGGAAAAUUCUGAUGCUGGAAAUGAAACUAAACCUUCUUCUUCGGAAAGUAAGUUAGUUAUUUUCGUUUGCUCAGACACGAAAAGAUGACUGACGAUAAUGCCCGACCUUAUUUUUUAUCUUCCGUAAAAAAUAACUCAUCUAGCCUUUACCUAACUAUGUGGGGGUCGGCUUCCCGUAUUCUACGGGGAGCGACUGCCUUUCUGACCUCUUCAACCCAGUUACCCGGGCAACCCGAUUCCCCUUGGUAUAUAGGCUCCUUGUAGUCAGCUGCAUCCGGUGAGACUGUUAGCCGACCCCAACGUAGUUCGGAAAAGGCUCGGGAGAUGAUGAUAAUAUACUAAAUAUCGUGUCUGUGUAAAUAUUCUCAUUUCGUAAAUAUUCUUUAAAUAAUUUGCUAUUGUGUUUUGUUUUUUUUAGCUCCAGGUAUAUACCUAAUUACUUUUUUUUUAGAUUUUUAACCAACUUCCCAAAAAGCGGAGGUUCUCAAUUCGACCGUAUUUUUUUUUUGUAUGUUUGUAACGCCAUUACUCAGCCAUUAAUUGAUCGAUUUUGAUGAUUCUUUUUUUGUUUGAUAGCGUAUAUUCUUCCGAGGUAGUCCAUUAUCAGGUCAGGAUCUGAUGAUGAAACCCUGAGAAAUCGAGGUCAACUUUCGAAAGUUGUAGGAAUACAUAGGGUGAAAACUUGACACUCAAGUGUAGUGCUGAAUAGCACUAUUCAACAGUGAAGGUUUUGAGCUGACCUGAUGAUGGA